CGCCUUUUAGACGCUCUUGCGGCCGGGACAUCCCAGUUGCUCACGGUCCUCUUCACCCCCUCCAACCGGGCAACGCAAGUCUGCAGUAGCCAGCCCCGAUCCCCACACUCCCAGCCUGAUUCAGAGCCCGCCGGCCGGCCCACACCCCCACCGCAGCCAUGGACGCCAUCAAGAAGAAGAUGCAGAUGCUCAAGCUGGACAAGGAGAACGCCAUCGACCGCGCCGAGCAGGCUGAGGCUGACAAGAAGCAGGCUGAGGACCGCUGCAAGCAGCUGGAAGAGGAGCAGCAGGCCCUGCAGAAGAAGCUCAAGGGGACCGAGGACGAGGUGGAGAAGUAUUCUGAGUCCGUGAAGGAUGCCCAGGAGAAACUGGAGCAGGCCGAGAAGAAGGCCACCGAUGCCGAGGCAGAUGUAGCUUCCCUGAACCGCCGUAUCCAGCUGGUAGAGGAAGAGUUGGACCGGGCGCAGGAGCGUCUGGCUACAGCCCUGCAAAAGCUGGAGGAGGCAGAGAAAGCUGCUGAUGAGAGUGAGAGAGGAAUGAAGGUCAUUGAAAACCGAGCCAUGAAAGAUGAAGAAAAGAUGGAAUUGCAGGAGAUGCAGCUGAAGGAGGCCAAGCACAUUGCUGAGGACUCAGAUCGCAAAUAUGAAGAGGUGGCCAGGAAGCUGGUGAUCCUGGAAGGAGAGCUGGAGCGCUCAGAGGAGAGAGCUGAGGUUGCUGAGAGUAAAUGUGGGGACCUAGAGGAGGAGCUGAAAAUUGUUACCAACAACUUGAAAUCCCUGGAAGCUCAAGCAGACAAGUAUUCCACCAAAGAGGAUAAAUAUGAAGAGGAAAUCAAACUGUUGGAGGAAAAACUAAAAGAGGCUGAGACCCGUGCUGAGUUUGCCGAAAGGUCUGUGGCAAAAUUGGAGAAAACCAUCGAUGAUCUGGAAGAGACCUUGGCAAGUGCCAAGGAGGAGAAUGUGGAGAUCCACCAGACCCUCGACCAAACCCUGCUGGAACUCAACAACAUGUGAGGGCUGCCUUGCCCCACUACCCGGCCCAAUAAAACCAUAUUACUAGUU